AUGUCCUCGAGAUUUGGCCCAAGGCCCGUGGGGACCGAUGGCACUGAUUUUAAGCACAGAGAGCGAGUAGCUCAACAGUAUAACCAAAGGUUAUUUCUUUUAGUCUCGGUAAUCGCUUAAAUGUAGUCCUUUGUUUAAAAGGCGCAUCAGAACUGUGCUCUACCUCCAAAUAUCUGUGUGGUUGCUCAUCGUUGCUAAACUGCUACCCGAAUUAUGCAUUCGCUUCGGAUUUGUCUCAAAGACUUUUGCGCGAAAGGUGAGUCCUUUUGCUCUUCUGACAUUCUCAGUGGUCUUUACCGUCCGCGGACUUGUGGGAAUAUGCCUGGGCCGCUGGUAGCAUCUUCCCGGUGAUCUUUAGCUACCUUUCCCUGCCCAAGAACAAGGUCUCACUCAUGAGGAUAUCUUUACUCGGACAUGUUACUUUUGGAAUUGUCCCCAUUGCCGUUGGUUGUUUCCAGAAAUCUUUCGAACUCAUUAACUUUUAUUACACAAGACUCUCGAAUUAUGACUUUUAUGGCUUUCCAUUUAUUGUAAUAGUCUACAUCUUCUUUUCAGUCUGUGUUCAAUUGCAUUUUUUCACACUAUUUUUCGGUUACAAACUCCUUGGGAUGUGGUCUCGCACGAGUGCCAAGAACAAAUGAAUUUCAUGCCAUCUCUCAAAUAUCCUAGGCACUUUUUGUCUGCUUUCGUCUGCCGAUCUCGGCGGAAUUAACUAUUAGGUCUGUCUCAAUUGGUGCAUUUUCAUCAGGUUGCUUCGAAUCUUUACUUGCACCAUGACUACGCAACUAUUAAUGGUUAUGAAUUAUGUCUGUUACAAUAUCUGCUUUCUGUGUCCUGUCGAAACUUUUUGUAUCGACAGAUAUUUAUAUACACUUUUCAAAACAAAUACCCAUGUUUUGCAGUUUAAUUUGCUUUGAUUUAUCUGUAAUAUUCCAUGAGUUCGGGCCCAUGGCGUGCUGUUUUGUCUCUAUUAUUACUGACGCACGUCUUUCGCUCCGUAAGUCAUCUUGACCUGCAAGUCAACUCAUUUAUCUCUGAGGUUGCCCUUCACUUACUACCAAAACCUCCUUUGCUGUAUAGCGGGAAACAGUUUCUUUACGUCGGUAGGAGUUCGAGGAAUCAUACUUACGUGAUAGCUAGCGACAUCGCAGUUUUGUGCCAGGUCCGUGUCGCCCAAGAUCUUAACCUAUCAAAAAAACAAAUGGGAUCGGCUCUUCCAAUGCCCAAGCACUUCUGACUGCGUAUACAUCGGUAAACGAGCGGUUUUACGCAUGUAUACUACGUAGUUUGCACACGAGCUCCAUCUCUGACUCAGUUUUCAGAUGCGCGGCCUAGAAACCUGUCUGUCAUCUCGUAGAUUCGUUCACAAACUGUCCUUUUUCGCUCAAAUUUUAACCAUCCCUAACUAAGGCAACGUCAGUGUUUUCACAGACAGCACCUCAAGUCCAACAUUUGGUGACAGCGGAUCUGAAGACGUUUCACCUCUAUGUCGAUGUACCAAAUGUCUGUGGACUCUACGGAUUUAGGUGCUGACCUCCUUAUACCUGGUAAAGCCGUGAUCAUACCUGAUCUAACUGGCUUCGAUGUCGCUAUUUGUUCCUAUCCAUUCGUGAGUGUCUGAGACAGCAGAUCUGGGUAGCCCACCCCAUUCCUACGGCGACGGAGACUAAACCCGAAGGGGCCAAAAACCCCCAACAUGUUUCGGCGAAGUGUGUUUAACCAGCUGUUCAGUUGACUUCUUCGAGGCACCUAGAUAGGCAACGGCGCCGGACCGAGGGUGGCAACGUUGAGCUCAUUAGAUGGACGACAAAAGGCAUGACUUUUCAAUGAGUGUGGGCUGCCUCAUUUUAGGCGGAGGUGAUGUACUCACUCGGAUAAUAGUCCUCGGACAGUAGUGGCCCAACAUCAAUUUUCGCUCAUCUUCCAUGCUCAGAACCCCGCACUCCGAACUGUACGAGAGGACUGAUCAAAGGGAUCUCCGACACAGGCGGAUUAUUGUGUUGGUGGCGGUGGAGACGCCGCGUCGCGUAAAACCCUGUGUCAGUCUAUGCGGCACCAACCUCGUCUUGAGGUGUUUUAACUGUUUACUUCAUGUUGGAUUUCAUUAAUCCUGAGAGGUGCCGUCUCUUGAUCGGGAAUGCAGCUCGAAAACUACGGUCUUCCAGGUGUUUGUGAACAAUGCUAUCGAUUUUGUGGCGCCAUCCACCACCCACCAAAGACUAAGUUGCGAAAGCUUUAGACAAAGAGGACGAUAUCCUAGUGUAGUUGAAAUUACUCAGCCGGCGCCCGGGUGCGGACUCCACCGUCAAAAUCGUGUAGGGCCCUUCCGUGACAAGCCAUCUAGUUCUAUUGUCCGCAAAGUGGACUCACGAUGGACGGAACCUAACGCAGUUACGAAGCAAACAAACCAGACGACCUUCGGUUGCUGGUAGCCAUGACGGAGUUCAGGAAUGCGCUGCAGUAUGAAUAUUUCGUUCACGUCCAGCUCGGAAGGUGGUAUGUUCCUUCCGCGUUUUACGAAUCACGCCCACCGAAAUUACUGGAGAAUGGCAACAGUGAAGACUACAACUGCACCGUUGAUUAUGCCUAUACCGCGUUAGUUUUCGCUCUUUGGACGACAGACGCAAAAAUAAAAGCGAACAGACGAGUCACAGGAAGCAAUCUUGAAGAAGAAGACACGGCGUGAUCGUGACUGAUGUCCCGGUCUUCUUCAAGACGCAAAAAUGCUUGAACACGUCAUCAGCACCGAGCUUAUAUUACUACGCUUUCACAGCAUCAUAGAGCUGGCGCGCCAUUGCUGUGCGCGUGGACGAGCGAAAACUGGAGGCAUUUAACCACUACUGCUUGAGGACCAUCCUUCGAGGGGAGUACACCGACUUCGUCUCGAAUGAGACAGUUCGCGCUCGCUGUGACAACAUCGUAAGGAUAACCCAGGCCGGCUGA